AUGUGGCCAUUUAAUUCGAAUAAUGGUAAGGAUACAUCUGAGAUUGCUGAAGAGCUUCCUGAAAAUUUAAAGGACUUUUUCAAAGAAAAUAAUCCUGAUUUAAAACACGAAACGAUUUUCGAUGUUCCACCACAGCAGAAGAGAGUGAAUGAGAUCCUACAUAAACAACAGAAUAAUAACGAAUAUUCGUUUGAGUUUGAUAAAUAUAAACGUAGAGAAACUCCCAAGAAAGUCACAUCCAUAAAUUGUGCCGAGUUACAACAGCAAGUUAUAGAAUGUUUUAGAGGAUGGACAUUUACUCUGACCAACCAAUGUUCACAAGAAAUUAAAAACAAUUCAUCCUGUAUUGAGAUCCAGAAUAAUGCCUUGAAGAAAUUGUAUUAUGAUGAUUGUUAUAACAUAGACCACUGCACAAAGAUAAGGUUUGUGAUUGACAAAUUGUUUACUGACAAUUUUGGUCAAUAUGGGGAGAAUAUGACCGAUGAAAGUAAACAAAAAUUCAACGAAGAAAUCGAUAAAUCAUUCUAUAAGAUUUGGAAAUAA